UAAAACUCACAACACAAAUAAACAGGAAGUGAUCGGAUAGUUCCCUAAUUCAGGAACACUUGGUCUUCGGAGAAUUUUGAGGAUAUAUACCCUAUCGUAUGAUGACACAGUUUAUCAGAAAUGUUUGUAUUUCUUCCAGGAUAUCUCAAUCAGAGAUAAUUAGGUCACAAGACCAUCAAAUGACUUAGAGAUUAUAGAUGCACCACCUCCCCCCUCAGCCAGCAUGUGGAUCUUGGUUACUACAGCGGUCGCCCUAUGGGCGGUGUCCCCAAUGCGUGCCACACCCCUGGACGACUAUGUACAUCGUGAGGACCCCCACUACAAGUACUCGGAGAUCGGGUCGUACCGCGGCCCCGAAUACACCAUGUAUACCCUGAAUAUGACAUCACAGAAAUGGAAAACGGAGGCGGAAACGGAUAGCCCAAUCUGGUGGCACUAUCUGACGGUGACCAUCCCUGACAAAAUCAACUACACCCAGGCCGCAUUCAUGCUUAUCGACGGGGGGAGCAACACUGAAGAUCCGCCAAAGAUUACGAACAACUUCGUGGCCCUGACAACGGUAGUAGCUGUCAGCGCAUGUACCAUUGGCGCCGAUUUGCGAAUGAUUCCCAAUCAGCCAAUCCUGUUUAAGGAUGACCCUGAGAAAAGAAAAAGGAAAGAAGAUGCCAUAAUCGCCUGGACGUGGAAGAAAUUUAUACAGAACACGUCUGAUCCGGAAAUACUACUGCGCAUGCCCAUGACAAAAGCAGCUGUUCGUGCAAUGGAUGCAAUUCAACAUUUUGUAAAGGCUAAACUGGGAAAUCAGGUUGAAAAAUUUUUCAUUGCCGGUGCCUCAAAGAGAGGGUGGACAACAUGGACAACAGCGGCUGUAGACAAAAGAGUGGUUGCCAUGGCACCCAUAGUAUUGGACUUAUUAAACAUGGUUAAAAAUCUCCAUCACAUGUACAGAAACCUGGGUGGCUGGACCUUCGCCUUUGAUGACUACCUGGACGUCAACAUCACAGCGGAGUUAGACAGCGAAGGCGUGGCCAAAAUGGCCGCAAUCAUCGACCCUCUCUCCUACAACGACAGAUAUAGGAACAUCGCCAAGUUUAUCAUUACGACGGGAGGCGAUGAAUUUUUUCAGCCGGACGACGCUCAUUACUACUUCGACCAGUUGGAGGGACCCAAAUAUCUCAGAAAACUUCCAAAUGCAGAACAUAGCUGUGCUGGGCACGAGACAAGUUUGAUGUUUUCUUUAAGAGCAUUUUUUCUUCAAGUGAUAAAUGAGACCCCGUUUCCUAAAAUGAAUUGGAAAAGAGAGUUCACGAAGACUGGGGGAAAAAUAACAUUAUUCACAGACAGAAAACCAAGAACAGUGGACGUUUACUAUGCGAGGACGCUUGACGGCAAAAGACGUGACUUCAGAUUAUUGGUCGCUUCAUCAGAUGAUCCACGGAAGCCCUACCCUCAUCCCGUGAUAUGGUUCAAUGACAGGGCACAAGAAUUGGGUAACAACACUUUUGUUGCUGAAUACGACAGUCCGCCACAGGGAUGGCUGGCUUUUUUCAUUCAAGUGAGCUUUGAUGGAGUAUCAGAUGCAAGAUUAGAAUUCACGACUGAAGCACAAAUAAUCCCGGAUACAUUUCCGUUCCCAGAAUGCCACGGUUCCGGAUGUAGAGGCAGACUCGUCUGAUCUCAUUUAUAUACUGCGUCAUUCUAUUUGUAGAGUCUGAAUAUCAAUAUGUCUGGUGCUGCACAUCAAUAAAAACGAUUUUGCCACCAUUUACCUACA